CUGGAGGAUUCAAAACACGUGACAAAGGAGGAACAACUUGCCAUCUUCCUUCGCCUCGCACGCACCGGAUUAGGGCAGCGAGAGGCCCGUGAACAGUUUCAACGAUCACCAGAGACUGUUUCCAUUGUCUUUAACCGCAUUCUCGACAUGCUCGUCUCUCCUCGGUUCUAUCACCGCUACGUCAAGCUUCCUGAUCCUAGUCGAACACCUCGAUGGAUCAAAGACAAUCCAAAGUUCUACCCCUUCUUCCGUAGGGUUCUGGGCGCCAUCGAUGGGACUCACGUGGACGCAUUU